GCAGGCGGGACGGCAAUGACAGGGCAGCAAUUCCACACCCGCUGCGGGGUUUGUGGACCCGACUGAAGAGUGGGAGGGAGCACUGUUCACCUGACACACCCCAGCACGCCCAGCUGCAGCCUAGGGCUGGGGAGGGGGUGGCGCGAAGCACUUCAGCCCGCCGAGCUCAGGACGACUAGGUCUGCAGCACGGCAGCCCGCCGGGCCACCUGCGCACGCGCAUCUCCUCCUCGCCGGCUGGCGGCCUGCUACGCACGCGCAGUUCGCCGUCUCUCGCUCCGUCAGUCCCUGCAGGGCCUGGGCCCCACCCCCGCAGGCCCCGCCCCGCCGCCGUGCGCCAAACGCUGCAUAUCCGGGUUCUCGCCUCCGCCGCCGCCGCCGCCGCCGCCUGGCUCAUUCAGCUUUGCCGGGACCGGUGAGAUUCCCGACCAAGAUGGCGGCUGUGGGACGAGUCGGCUCUUUCGGUUCCUCUCCGGGGGGAUUAACCUCGACUUACACGGGCGGCCCCUUGGCCAACGAGCUAACCUCGGGCAACGGCGGCGCCGCGGCAGGGGACGACGAGGACGGGCAGAACCUUUGGUCCUGCAUCCUCAGCGAGGUCUCCACCCGCUCGCGCUCCAAGCUCCCCGCGGGGAAGAAUGUGCUGCUGCUGGGUGAAGAUGGAGCUGGAAAAACAAGCUUAAUCAGAAAAAUUCAGGGAAUAGAGGAGUACAAGAAAGGAAGAGGAUUGGAAUAUUUGUACUUAAAUGUUCAUGAUGAAGACAGGGAUGAUCAAACAAGAUGUAAUAUAUGGAUCUUGGAUGGAGACCCGUAUCACAAAGGCCUCCUUAAAUUUUCACUGGAUGCCAUUUCUCUGAAGGACACUCUAGUUACGUUGGUUGUUGAUAUGUCAAAGCCUUGGACUGCUUUGGAUUCUUUACAGAAAUGGGCAAGUGUUGUUAGAGAACAUAUUGACAAAUUGAAAAUUCCUCCUGAAGAAAUGAAAGAAAUGGAACAAAAGUUGAUUAGAGACUUUCAGGAAUAUGUAGAGCCAGGAGAAGAUUUCCCAGCUUCUCCUCAGAGAAGAAAUACCGCAUCACAGGAAGACAAAGACGACAGUGUGGUUUUACCUCUGGGUGCGGAUACACUUACGCAGAACUUGGGCAUUCCAGUACUAGUAGUUUGCACAAAGUGUGAUGCCAUUAGUGUGUUGGAGAAAGAACAUGACUACAGAGAUGAGCAUUUCGAUUUUAUUCAGUCUCAUAUCCGGAAGUUUUGUUUACAGUAUGGUGCAGCACUUAUUUACACUUCAGUAAAAGAAAACAAAAAUAUAGAUUUAGUAUAUAAAUACAUUGUUCAGAAACUCUAUGGAUUUCCCUACAAGAUUCCUGCUAUUGUUGUGGAAAAAGAUGCAGUAUUUAUUCCAGCAGGGUGGGAUAAUGAUAAGAAGAUAGGAAUAUUACAUGAAAAUUUUCAAAUGUUAAAAGCAGAAGAUAAUUUUGAAGACAUCAUAACUAAACCACCUGUCCGAAAGUUUGUGCAUGAGAAGGAAAUUGUGGCAGAAGAUGACCAAGUGUUUCUUAUGAAGCUACAGUCCCUUUUAGCAAAGCAACCACCAACUGCAGCUGGAAGGCCUGUGGAUGCCUCGCCAAGAGUCCCAGGAGGCUCCCCUCGAACACCAAACAGAUCUGUGUCAUCCAAUGUUGCCAGUGUGUCACCCAUCCCUGCUGGGUCAAAAAAAAUUGAUCCAAACAUGAAAGCUGGAGCUACAAGUGAAGGUGUCCUGGCAAAUUUCUUCAAUAGUUUGCUGAGUAAAAAGACUGGUUCCCCAGGAGGCUCUGGUGUUGGUGGUGGUAGCCCUGGAGGUGGGGCUGGAGGUGGAAGCAGUGGUUUACCACCAUCUGCCAAAAAGUCAGGCCAGAAGCCUGUCCUGUCAGAUGUUCACGCGGAACUAGACAGAAUUGCACGAAAACCAGUUACAACUUCUCCUGCAGCACCCACAUCUCCUACGGAAGGAGAAGCUUCUUGAAGAUACCAAAUAAAGCCAUUUAUUCAGUUUUCUGGGAUAAUGUAAACUUGCCUCUGCCUUCUCCUUCAAAAGUGGUAUUAGGGAGCUGGAGUGCUUUUUCAGAUGGACUAAAAUUCAUGUCUUUUUUGUGUAUGUGGUUGCCCAUUUUAUAAAAGGGAAGUAUACAGAAGAAAAAUUAUUCUACACUAUGUAAGAUUGCUAUUUGCAUUGCCACUUUGCAUAAGGAAGUAAUUUUGGAUUUUGAAAAACUCAAAUUUAUAGAUCUGAAAUACAGCCAUGCGAUCAUAUUCUAAAGGCUACUUAAAACAUAUAGGAGGGUUUGAGAAGGGCAGAAAAUAAUAUGCUUUGGGCAUUCAACUUACUUGGAAGGAAGUCCAAGCUUAUUUUAGUUAAGACUAUUAAAAAAUCAUUAAAAAAAAUUAUGUGUUAGUUUUGCUGGAAAAGAAGAUGAUCAGUUGUCAGAUUUUCCACACCAACGUAAAUAUACCACCACACAUGGAAUAUGCUGAGAAAACGAUCAGAUAGCAUUUGAUACACUAGUCAUUGUCUCAAUCCAUGAUCCUGUAAGUUGUCAUCAAAAUAUGAUUUAGAAAUUUUGGUCAAGAUUUGUUUCUUUAACUGAGAAGAAAAGAAAGCACACUGCCUAAAUGUGUAAAAGAAAAAUGCAGAGGUUGUUAAAAUGUAAAGAGGUAACAGUCUUUGGAUUCGUCUAUAUAUAUAUAUCUACAUAUAUAUAUAUAUCUAUAUAUAUCUAUAUAUCUAUAUAUAUAUUGAUAUAUAUAUAUAUGGCUCUGCCUUAAUAUACCCCUUUUUUGUUUGUGACUUUCAACUGUAAUCAGUUAAUAAAGUAUUUAUUCUCUGCAUUCAGGUUCAAAUAACUUGUUGCAUUCUCUUAUAUUUAAAUUUGUAUUUAUCAUAUAAUGAAUAAGAUUUGUUAGUAUUUUUAAAGUGUUUGACUUAAUAGGAUUAUUAAGCUUUCUGAUCUUCUUUCUAAGAGACGAGUACAUGAGAUUCACUGCCUUGUCAAAGGAAUUUACCUUUAUCAGUACAUCUUCCCCAUCAACAUGUCUUGAACUACAGAAUCUUACAUCAGCAUUGCCAGUAGAAAAAACAGAGCCUUUUAUCAUUAUUUAAUGGACAGAAGCUGUUUUAAAAGUUUGGCAAGUGCACUGAAACAUAGCUACUCCCUUACAGGUGAGAUCACCUGGUAAUAGUUCCACCUUUUCAAUACUCAGAUUUCAGCGCUUGUUUUGGAACCUUCGUGAGAACAGUUUGAUUUUCCUACUGAAGUUCAACUAAAGAAUGCAUGUACAUUUGACCUGUUGUGUAAUUUCAGAUAAUUGGGGGACAAUGGUUACUACCCUUUACAUUGGUCUUUGUCGUAACUUUAAAAUAUAUAUUCCAAAGAUUUUUUUUUUCAACAAAAUAUUUGAGGACAGUACCUCUACUAUCAAACAUAAUUCUUUCAUUAGAACUUUAAAAUCUGUUUGGUUUUAUAAUAGUAUUUGGCUCCUAAGGGUUGAAUGUAAAUACUAAAAAUAUAUGAGAGGGUUAUAAUUUGUUUCAGUGUGGGAAAAACUUAGGAUGUUUGUGGGCAUGGAAAAAUUAAUUUGCAAAAACAUUUUGUUUAAUAAAAUAUGAGAUGAAAAAUGCCAUUAAUAAAAUCUUCAGUCCAGAAGGGGUUUUGCAAUCCUGGUGUUGUAAAGACCAGUUUUUCUAAACUAGUAGUACUUGAUGAAGUAAG